CCCAAUUCAAUUUCAGGUUGUCGGUGCUCUCGCGUUGUUCUGUCUGCACGGCACUGCACUCUUUUCUGCCCCUAACCCAUCAUCCCAUGUAUAUAGAGGGCUUCGGCCUUCCAGCGUCCGCCGUUGAGCCUUCAGAACUUCUGACGUGCUACUGCUGCUGCUGCUCUCUUUUCUACGUUUCGCAACGGCUACAUUCAUAGUCGCCGCGACGGCAUCUCGAGACAUUUAACGCUCAUCCUGCCUUCUUCUCCUCCUCCUCCCCUCGCUUCAUCUGCUUCGGUAGCCUUCUCCAUGUUCGCAACAUUGGCUGUGGUACUGCUCAUCCCUUUUCUUGCCCCUUGUUUUCCCCGUGUGUUGUUGAUCGAUCGCCAAGCGUGUGCUCCGCGGGUUGCUAUCGAUGUUGACGGAUGACGGAUCUGCGUUGCGCAACCGCACCCGCCAUCAGAUCCCGUGUACGACCUCGAACUCCUCUCACGAACUGCUGCUGGUGGUGGGUGGAGGUGGAUGCGGGAGAGUCCCUCUAUCACAGGCCCGCUCGUGCCACCCCACCCCGGGUGCAAUGCCAAAUGGGGCCCCCCCUUUCUGCCAUUCUGUUCGCAAUUCCUUUCCAUCCAUAUACUGCUCGCUAUACCACGCUAUACCACCCUAUGCUAUGCUAUGCGGGGAAGACACUCCACGCCUGAAGCAACGCCUCCUAGUCAAGGGGAACCACUGCUCUCGCUUCUGCGUCUUUCAUCCCCCUCCCCGGCAUAGCUGUAGCUCGGUUCUUGCACACUCCACUUCCACUCGCCUCGCCUCGUAGCGAACUCCGAAGAGCACGGUACUGACAUCUCCUCUCAGUUCUCCCACCGGCCCCAUUGAAUAGCAAUAGCAAUCACUUCAUGUGCUCGCAAUCUGGUAAUCCUCAAGACCUUGCUGCUUAUUCAGGGCAUUCUCCUUCGUGUAUAAUCGGGUCGGAGCCUGAGCCUGACAGCUCCUCCAGACAGGAAUUCACCCAUCCCCCUUCCCUCCCGGACAUGGGUAUGCGAUACCUGACAGCACUUCCGACCACAGAUGAUGUUCGGUGAGUUCCCACGCUUUCCUACCUCCUCUGCAUUGGUCAUACGUUCUCGUGAUCCCCCAACCCCUUGCAUUUAGGCACUGGCGUGCCUUUUGUCCUCUGUACGCAACGGCUCUACCUCUUCAAUGUCCUUCCAUGCUCCGCAAAAAGAGAGCUUCGCCGCCUGAGCUCCCGUGGAGAGCAAGAGAAAUGCCACGACUUUGCCUUCUCCCCACGCCGGCUUCACGUUGCACCGCCUAAGCCUCACACCAGCUUCGCCGUGAGCUGCCGCAACGACAACCACUCCAGGAGAUCACGCGAGGAGCCCCCGCUCUUGUGGGACCGGCGUUGAGCUGGCUGUCCUACGUAGGUCGCUAUGCAGAAACUGGGCACCAGUACCGCUAGGCGUUCUUGUUCAACUUUAAAUGCUGUCUUGCAGUCAUGCAGUAUGGUGGCUGACGACGGAUAACAGAUUCAACACGGAAACCGGUACAUCACAUAGCAGCCCUGUAUAUUCGCUUGAACCAGCAGUUCAGCAGAACACCUCUUCCUCGUCGACCUUAGCCUUUUCGCCCUACUCCAAUAUCUACCAACCCAGCUUAAGCGGUUCCACGUACUCUAGUGGAGCUAGUAGCUACUUCACCCCAAGCACCUCCCUCUUUUCGAUGCCUGAUCUGAAGCCACGUUUAGGCUCAUUGUAAGUCAUCCACCCUCUUUUCUGCACCGACGGCCCCCCUAUCUGUUACCGAGAAUCUCAAGAAUCGCCGGUGGUCGAUAAUAAUGGCAUAUUUGUACAGAAACCCAUCCACUGGUCUGGCGCCACCAACACGAUCAUCUGCUUUACCUCAUCCCGGAUCACCUAUCAAUACCAGAGACCUUUACACAGGUACAACUCCACAACUUCGGCGGACUUCAGAUCUUCUUUCGAGAUCUCCUUCGCUAUCGGCCGUCAGAGGCGUGCCCUUAUCACCAUCUUCUACUAGUGGGUUUACUAGUCCUACGAAUAUGGAGAAUCCACUAGGUGGACCUUCGUGUCCGCCAUUGAGUCCGACCGAAGUCAUAUACCCACUCCAAACAUCAGACGGACAAAGUCUGAGACCCGAUAUCUUUGGUAGAAUUGACAAAGGCUUUUUCAUGGCGGAUAACGACUGGACAUGUUACCGACGAAAUUAUUUCUCUCUCAAUUGCUCUUAUACCAUUCAGCCAGCUCUUCCAGCAAAUGGAACUGUGUAUUUGGUGGAGAAUGGGCGACUGGGUCCACAGGUUUAUUCAUUCGCGAUGUCGAUUGCCGCAGUGGUCGAUGGACGAGACGGAAAAUCGAUUGAACUCGUUCAGCAUACCCCCAAACGAGACAAAGGGCCACAGGAGAAACCAGCCCGAAUCACGCUAGCCCCACGACCCCCCGCUUCUCAUGGUAUGUACGGUGAAAGCUCUUCCCGUUCUGGCCUCUACGAAUCGCCAGGAGGAUUUGGUCAAAAUCCAAAUCAACCGGCAGUUGAAGCAACAUUUGAGCGCAUUCAAUUUAAAAAUGCAACUGCAAAUAAUGGAAAACGGAGAGCCGCUCAGCAAUACUACCACCUUCUUGUAGAACUCUUUGCGGAUGUGGGAACUCAGAGAUCAGAGCGUUUUGUUAAGAUUGCCUUCCGAAUGUCCGCUCCCAUGGUCGUUCGUGGUCGCUCUCCAGGCCACUACCAAAGCGAGAGACGAGGGAGCAAUGCGAGUGCCGGAGGAUCCGGGGGUGCAGGAGGUGCAGGCUCAUACACCUCAAGCGCAGGCACUUCUAGGACGCCAGGAGAUAUGGGCAUGUCCGGAGGAUCAUCGAUGCUUCCAGGUACUGGCUAUGGAGGGUCGUAUGAUAACCGAUCCCAUCAUUAUCGUUCGAGUAUGGCUCCCUUGCAGAUACCGAUGGAGCCUGUACUGUCUGCCGAGGAAGCCAAAGGCAUCGAAGAAUCACCGGGUUAUCUUUAUUACCCAGGCGCGAUCUACGAAGGCCACGAAGCCCGUUAUCAACUUCCUAGUAUGUCGGAAUAUUCCAAAGUCAAACAAGAGUACGGCAACUCGGGUGGCUAUGUUCUUCCCAGUAUUGCCAGCACCCAAGAAGGGUUAGGUAGACAUUGCGGGCGCUGGGAGGGGACGGCUGAGUCCAAAGGAUAUUUCCCUACGGCAUUGAUCCAGCAAGAACUAAACAUCAGCUAGAUCUUUGCACUUGCAGGACUCAUCAUGAUUUACACGCGCAGAGAAUCACUUCAGAAUACGAUGCAUUGUUGCGAUUUUUGCAAUUUGACGCUUUUCCACAUUCGCUGCAAUCAGCCGCGAGGAACAAGAUAGUUUUCUCUGGGAACGGAAAUGGGACAGGGGCGCUAGGAACAUUAGAUACCAAUUUUGUCAAUUGUUUAUCGGGAUUGGGAACGGGUGCAUUCAUUGGAAGGGUAAUCAUCUCACUAUCGCAUGGCGAGAGAAGGAAAAGUUCUUUUCUAUUUAUUUAUUUAUGCUUUUUCAUGUUAUGUGCUUUUUUUGGUUUUUGGUUUUUGGUUUUUGGCAGAAAGUGGCCAUUUAUAUUAUCUUUUUCGGCAUGGCUGUUAAAUAUCUAAGAGGGUCUAAGGCGAGAGAAGGGAUGGAUCCGAUGAUAUAUGGGCAGGUGAAAGGGAAGGAUGAACGGAACCCCCUAUGUUGUUGCUUUUUUCUUUUCUCUCUUUUCAUGUUUUGCUCCUUUCUCGAUUUUUUUUCCUCCUCCGCCAGCCAGGGUGUUCAUGUUUCGAAUGUUGCCAUGCUAUCUUUUUGUCUUUCCUCAUGGAAUCGUAUGUCGGCAUUUUUCUUUUCUUGGAGGAGGAAAUUCAGAUACAGGACUCCCCUUCCCCCUUUUUUUUAUUUCGCCCCCUCGUUGUAAUUCGUUGUAUCUCGCUAAGAGAGGGGGAGACAAUCCGGAAAAGGGUAUUUGUUUAUUGUUGUUUUCUGGAAUUUGUGGGGAAUCUCGGAUGGAGGACUUGACUUCUGAAGACACAGUCAGAAAAAGGGAUGGAUGGGUCGGGAAAACCCAAAAGAAAAAGGGAAAAUUGUCAUCAACCAACCAACCAAAUGCUUCUCACACCUCACCUGCC